AUGGGCCAGGGCCCCCUUGCCCUGAGGCUGAAUAAGCAUCCAUCAGUGGGAGGUUCCCAUCAGGUGUCUCCACCGUGGACUCCACCUCCAACCCUGCUCUCCAGGAUCCACAUAAAGAGAGACGGACGGAGAGAGCAGCGUCUUCUUCACAGAGACACCACCUGCAGAAUCACCAGAGAGCCUCCUGAGCAGCAGCCUUCAUCCUCCUCAUCCUCCAUCAGAGCUGCAGUGUUGAACAUCAGCUUAUGUCCCAUCACGUAUUAUGGACAGAAGUACGAGCAGCUCUAUGUGAACAUAACAUCUGGAUAUGUUACCAUCUGUUUCAACGGCUUUUUCAGUCCUGAAACUGGAGGCAACUGUCUUGUGCAGAGUUCACAGGGCAUUUAUUACUAUCUGUUUAACUUCGGGACACAUGCGGCUCUGUACUUCUAUAAAUACAUCUCUGAUCCAGUGGUUGGUGGAAACACGGUCAAUUCAAUACAUUCUGCUCCUUCAUAUGCGGAUUAUUUCAUAGACCUCAGUGGAUGCAGUUACUCAGGUCAGAUGUAUCGACCUGGUACAGUGAUCAACUCUCCAGAAACCUGCUUCAGUCUCAUCUGUGAUGAGACCGCAGUCCUCCACACCUCCAGCUGUGGACCGCAGGAGCAUUGUCAAGGCAACAACAUCUGCGUGUUGGACACCAUGUUGGCGUCCACCUGCACUGUGACCGGCCCCACUAUCAUAGACGUCAACGGCCAGAUGGACUCCAUCCAGGAUCGGUGUGCGUACUCUCUGUUCUCGACUCCAUCACUCCCAGACUUCCAUGUUCUGGGGAACUUCAGGGAUCGACGUUGUAAAGAUGUGAGCUUUGUGGACAGUGUGACGCUGCGUGUGGACGUGCAUUACAUUCACCUGGAACAAGGUGGGAGAGUUCAGCUGGACGACUCCACGCUGACCCUCAGCAGCUCACCUCAGCUGGUUCACGGUGUGCAGCUCUCUAAGGACCAAACUGGAGUCACUGCCAAGCUGUCGCUCUCCAACCUCACCAUCUCUGUCUUCUUUGAUGGCUACACCGCACAGAUCCACUUAGAAAGACCUGCUGGUUCAUCUGUGGAGGGUCUGUGUGGAAACUCCAGCAGGUCUCUGAGUGACCUGAGGAUCUCUGAGUACAGCUCCACCAGCUGUGAGAUGCAGUACAGUGAGACUGCUGACGGCACGAUCGACUGCACCAGUGUGACUGAACGCAUCUUGCACCCUGCUGAUCACGGGCAGGGCGUAAGUGUUGAUGGCUCUGAUCUUGUUCUUACCGUUCAGCUGACUCCUCAGGACUUACCUGACCCUCUGCAGGUACUUGGUGGUUGCAGCCUUCCUAGCGGCUUCUUCAUGGUUCCCAUUCGCCUGUGGGAUCCCCAG